AUGCUGUUUUCAUGGAGAUCCCUGCCUCCUCAUGUGGCAGUGGGAAGAUGUGCCUCUACAAUUCAAGCUAGCGUGCAACGAUUUGUUCCUGCAAGUGGCUCAAUUGACUCCAAUGCUUUAGAACAACUCCAGGCCUUUGUGUCGCAUGCUUCUCGUUUGUUUGUGAUAAGUGGUGCCGGACUCUCCACUGAAUCUGGAAUUCCAGACUAUAGAUCAGAAGGUGUGGGACUUUACGCACGGACUGACAGGCGGCCUAUGCAACACUCAGAGUUUGUGCGCAGUGCGAAAUCGAGGCAGCGAUACUGGGCACGGAACUACGUGGGGUGGCCGCAGUUCUCCUCACACCAGCCGAAUCAAGCACAUUUCGCAUUGCGGGACUGGGAGGAAAAGGGAAAACUGCACUGGCUCGUCACUCAGAAUGUAGAUGCAUUACACUCAAAGGCUGGACAACAGAGACUAACUGAACUUCAUGGAUCUACACAUAGGGUUGUGUGUUUGGACUGCGGGCAGCUGACUCCACGUGCUGAGCUUCAGAAGCGCUUUGCAGCUCUAAACCCUGGCUGGGCAGCAAGUGCAGGCGCUGUGGCCCCAGAUGGAGACGUGUUUCUGGAAGACGAGCAGGUGCUGAACUUCACAGUACCUGCUUGUGAUGCCUGUGGCGGUGUGCUUAAACCUGAGGUGACGUUCUUUGGUGACGUAGUGAACCGGACUACAGUUAGCUUUGUGCAUAACAAGCUGGCUGAAUCUGAUGCUGUGCUUGUGGCUGGAUCUUCUCUUCAGGUUUUUUCGGGGUACCGCUUUCUCCUUGCUGCUAGUGAAAGAAAGCUUCCAAUAGCCAUCGUGAAUAUAGGAUCCACUAGAGCUGAUCAUCUUACUGGCAUCAGGGUGAGUGUGCGCUGUGGAGAAGUGCUGCCGGCCAUUCAGCUCUGA